AUGCGGUCGUGUAGUUCUGCUGUGACCCCCCAGGUGGAGGGGGGCGUGGAGCAGCAGGAGGACGAGGAGACUCUGGAGGUUUUGUCCGUGACUGAGGAAGACGAGCUCCCGACGGUUGUGACGCCGUCCACCUUCAUCGUGAGCUCUCUGAGCAGCCAGACCAGCGGCCGACCCCGUGACCUCUGGAACACGGACACUCAGGACCCCCACGUCCCUGAGCCCCUCCCCUCACCUGUGCCCCCCUCAAACCCGCCAGCCAGCCCCGGCAUGCCCAUCACCAAAAGUGUGGAUCUAGAAGACCGAUCUCUGUUCAGUGUUCUGCAGAGUAGUGUGGAUCUAGAAGACCGAUCUCUGUUCAGUGUUCUGCAGAGUAGUGUGCUUCUAGAAGACCGAUCUCUGUUCUGUGUUCUGUUGAGUGUGGUUCUAGAAGACCGAUCUCUGUUCUGUGUUCCGCAGAAGUGUGGUUCUAGGCCUAAGUUGGGUCUUCGGGUGGUGGGGGGCAAUGUGUCGAGGGGGGGCCAGAUCCCCUGGCAGGUCAGCCUGCACUAUCAGAACCAGCACAUCUGUGGAGGGUCCAUCAUCACACACACCUGGAUCCUCACCGCCGCACACUGUGUCUAUGGAUUCUCUGAUGUCACUCAGUGGACGGUGUUCGCUGGUGUGGUGGACCAGCCGUUGGCCAGCAUGGGCUCGCUGAGUGUCCGGAAGAUUCUCCCCCACGCCCGUUACCGCCCCAGCAGCCUGGAUUAUGACAUCGCCCUCCUCCAGCUCUCUCAGCCAAUCAGCUUUAAUGGGCUGGUGGAGCCUGUCUGCCUGCCCAACUCAGGGGAGGAGUUUCAGGAGGGCCAAAUGUGCUGGAUCUCAGGCUGGGGGGCCACUGAGGACGGAGGAGAGACCAGCGUCCAACUCCACUCAGCUCGGGUGCCUCUGAUAUCCAGUGCGGAGUGCAACGAGCCACAGGUGCACCAGGGCAGCAUCUCCCCCUGGAUGAUCUGUGCUGGAUACCUGGAGGGAGGAACCGACACCUGCCAGGGCGACAGCGGGGGCCCACUGGCCUGUGAGGGGGGGUCCAGCGCGUGGAAGCUGGCAGGUGUGACGAGCUGGGGGCGGGGCUGUGCCAUCAGGAACAAACCAGGCGUGUACACACGCAUCAGUGCUGCCCUGCCCUGGGUACACCAGCAGCUGGAGGUGUUGCAGUGA